CUGGAGUAGACCAGCAUCCACCAUCCCGGGUCCGACAGUCCGUAUCAGCAUCCCCUGAUUCACUCUCUACAAAUGUCACUCUCUUGCCUCUCUCUCCCUCUCAUUUAAACGUUUUUCGGCUUAAACCUUUUCUCAGCAACAAACUCAUCUCCUCUGAGAGAGACUGUUUGUUUGAGAAGAAGACGAACGUAAAGACUUGUUUACUAAACCCGAGAUUUCUUUCUUUCUUGUUUUCAAAAUAAAAAAGCAGAGAUCUCUUCUCCUUCUUCUUCUUUUUGCUUUGUUUGCUUUUGCUUUCUCUUCUUUUUCUAUGUGUGUUUGUGGUCACUACCCCGAAAAAAAAUAAAGUAAUGCUGUCUCUCUUCUCUUCAAAAUUAUUGUUAACCUCUCGUAACUAAAAUCUUCCAUGGUAGUAGUAACAAAGAAGACCAUGAAGAUUCAAAUUCAUCUCCUUUACUCGUUCUUGUUCCUCUGUUUCUCUACUCUCACUCUAUCUUCUGAGCCCAGAAACCCUGAAGUUGAGGCGUUGAUAAGUAUAAGGAACAAUUUGCAUGAUCCUCAUGGAGCUUUGAACAAUUGGGACGAGUUUUCAGUUGAUCCUUGUAGCUGGGCUAUGAUCACUUGCUCUCCCGACAACCUCGUCAUUGGACUAGGAGCGCCGAGCCAGUCUCUCUCGGGAGGUUUAUCUGAGUCUAUCGGAAAUCUCACAAAUCUCCGACAAGUGUCAUUGCAAAAUAACAACAUCUCCGGCAAAAUUCCACCGGAGCUCGGUUUUCUACCCAAAUUACAAACCUUGGAUCUUUCCAACAACCGAUUCUCCGGUGACAUCCCUGUUUCCAUCGACCAGCUAAGCAGCCUUCAAUAUCUGAGACUCAACAACAACUCUUUGUCUGGGCCCUUCCCUGCUUCUUUGUCCCAAAUUCCUCACCUCUCCUUCUUGGACUUGUCUUACAACAAUCUCAGUGGCCCUGUUCCUAAAUUCCCAGCAAGGACUUUCAACGUUGCUGGUAAUCCUUUGAUUUGUAGAAGCAACCCACCUGAGAUUUGUUCUGGAUCAAUCAAUGCAAGUCCACUUUCUGUUUCUUUGAGCUCUUCAUCAGGACGCAGGUCUAAUAGAUUGGCAAUAGCUCUUAGUGUAAGCCUUGGCUCUGUUGUUAUACUAGUCCUUGCUCUCGGGUCCUUUUGUUGGUACCGAAAGAAACAAAGAAGGCUACUGAUCCUUAACUUAAACGAUAAACAAGAGGAAGGGCUUCAAGGACUUGGGAAUCUAAGAAGCUUCACAUUCAGAGAACUCCAUGUUUAUACAGAUGGUUUCAGUUCCAAGAACAUUCUCGGCGCUGGUGGAUUCGGUAAUGUGUACAGAGGCAAGCUUGGAGAUGGGACAAUGGUGGCAGUGAAACGGUUGAAGGAUAUUAAUGGAACCUCAGGGGAUUCACAGUUUCGUAUGGAGCUAGAGAUGAUUAGCUUAGCUGUUCAUAAGAAUCUGCUUCGGUUAAUUGGUUAUUGCGCAACUUCUGGUGAAAGGCUUCUUGUUUACCCUUACAUGCCUAAUGGAAGCGUCGCCUCUAAGCUUAAAUCUAAACCGGCAUUGGACUGGAACAUGAGGAAGAGGAUAGCAAUUGGUGCAGCGAGAGGUUUGUUGUAUCUACAUGAGCAAUGUGAUCCCAAGAUCAUUCAUAGAGAUGUAAAGGCAGCUAAUAUUCUCUUAGACGAGUGCUUUGAAGCUGUUGUUGGUGACUUUGGACUCGCAAAGCUCCUUAACCAUGCGGAUUCUCAUGUCACAACUGCGGUCCGUGGUACGGUUGGCCACAUUGCACCUGAAUAUCUCUCCACUGGUCAGUCUUCUGAGAAAACCGAUGUGUUUGGGUUCGGUAUACUAUUGCUCGAGCUCAUAACCGGACUGAGAGCUCUUGAGUUUGGUAAAACCGUUAGCCAGAAAGGAGCUAUGCUUGAAUGGGUGAGGAAAUUACAUGAAGAGAUGAAAGUAGAGGAACUAUUGGAUCGAGAACUCGGAACUAACUACGAUAAGAUUGAAGUUGGAGAGAUGUUGCAAGUGGCUUUGCUAUGCACACAAUAUCUGCCAGCUCAUCGUCCUAAAAUGUCUGAAGUUGUUUUGAUGCUUGAAGGCGAUGGAUUAGCCGAGAGAUGGGCUGCUUCGCAUAACCAUUCACAUUUCUACCAUGCCAAUAUCUCUUUCAAGACAAUCUCUUCUCUGUCUACUACUUCUGUCUCAAGGCUUGACGCACAUUGCAAUGAUCCAACUUAUCAAAUGUUUGGAUCUUCGGCUUUCGAUGAUGACGAUGAUCAUCAGCCUUUAGAUUCCUUUGCCAUGGAACUAUCCGGUCCAAGAUAACACAAUGAAAGAAAGAUAUCAUUUUUACGAUGGAUCAAACAAUCCAAUGAAAAAAGCUCUACACUUUUAUAAUAUAGACAUGUAUAUGGUGGUGAAAAUUGAUGAAAAAUAUCUCUACAGUUUGAGAUUAUGUGUUCGUUAUGUUGAUGAUGUAUAUAUUAACUUUUAAUUGUGAGUUUCUAUGAUUAUUUUGCUUCCUUUAACAUUAUGAUGAUGACAAAGGAAGAAACUAUGAGACUGAUUUGUUUGAG